GGCCAAGCGCGCACAUUCGCGUUGCUGUUGUUGCGUUAUACUUGGCGCAGAGAUGCUUGGUGCUAACGUCGUGGUUGUGGUAUCAGCCCUUCUUGCGACGUCGACUACCUUUGUCUCGUCCUUUGUGCACUCACGAUCAACUACCCAGCUGUCGCGAGAGUGGUCCGCCUGGCGGCGUCGUAGCCCGAGCGGCACCCGGCGAUAUAGUGUGACGGGACGGAGGCGGGAGCUUACGUGUGGGCUACAGAUCACGGUACGCAUACGGGGCAAGAAAAGCCGUGAAGAAGACUACACGAAUCAGGUGUGGGCCUCUUGUAGACUAGUCCUGACCUCGUCUUGCUGCUUCAUAUGCUGCUUCAAUUACGCAUGUUCUUCACUUGCAAGUGCGGAAAUAACUCCAAACACCAAACACUGUUUGAUUAUUGGUAUCAAUGCCAAUCGCCAACCCCCUUACUGGGCACUCCCGCCCUCGGUUGUGUUUCGGCUCAUCAUGGACCAUCCUACAGCUUAGCAUCUAGAUGUACACUAGUCUACAUAUGUACUACAUAGCCUGCUGUACAUCGAGCUGUUGUCCGCUUCACCACCACCCUCAUCGGCUCGAAUUCACAACAUACAACGUACACACGCCCCGGAGAGGCAUUUGUAUCAUUUCAUGUUUUUACCUGGUUCGAGCGACAUGCACAAAACCAAUCGUAUGACCAUCUUUACGGCCGUGCGUCUCAUUUCAGAACCUCCGCGGCUACAUCGCUCAGCCUUACACAUUUGUCGUGUGUAUCGGCCUGCUCUGUCCAACUACACAUUCCGCAAUGCUCGGCUGAAAAUAAACAUUUCCAAGCAGGCGUACGACGAGUACGCAAAGCGGUUGCGACCGGUCUUGGCCUUGGACACCCAGUGGCACAAGACCGACGAUGAUCUCGAAGCUGCCGUGAGGAAGGACCCAGGAGUGGUGGUCUGUCUAGAUGAAGGCGGGCGUCAGAUGAACUCUCCGGCGUUCUCCGACUUUCUCUUCUCGAAGCUCGAGGAAGGAGGGUCGCGCCUCACGUUCGUUGUCGGGGGCGCGGAAGGUUUACCCCCGGGGUUGAAGCAGAAGCCUCCACAUGGAGGGGCAAAACUAUCCCUAUCGAGCAUGACGUUCACCCAUUUGUGGGCGCGAGCACUGUUGGCGGAGCAGAUCUACAGAGCGUCUGAAAUCCGGCGAGGGUCGAAAUAUCACAAAGAGUAA